CUGUCCUGCGCACUCACUCAUUGCCAGAUUGUUCUUUGAACUCAGGCAAAACUCGUCUGAUUCCCGCGAAACCCGCCAGCCUUCUAUCACUCACCUUGAGAUCAUCUUCCAUCUUCCAUCCCACAACUAUACAGUGUCUCAUCCAGAAUGAUGAAACUCAGUGUUUUCCUUCUCAUGCUCCUCAUGGAGACGUGCUCUGCCUCCACUUAUCAAAACGUGGCGUUGCGUGGAAAAGCGACACAGUCUGACAGUUACGUACAUAUUGGAGCUGCCUUCAGCGCUAUUGAUGGAAACCAUGAAACUGACUUCUAUUCUGGAUCGUGCAGCCACACUGAUGGAGAAAGCAACCCCUGGUGGAGAGUGGACCUGCUGGAGCCCUACAUCGUCACCUCCGUCAUCAUCGCCAACAGAGAAGACAGAGAUCCACAAAGGAUUUUGGGGGCACAGGUCCACAUCGGCAACUCUUUAGUCGACAAUGGUGCAAGAAACCGAGUGGUUGGUACAAUUUCUACAAUAGAGGCAUUGACCACUCUGACUUUCACUCAUCGUGUGGAGGGACGCUAUGUGACUGUGCGUAUACCGGGUAAUGGAAAGAUCGUUAGCCUCUGUGAGGUGGAAGUCUACGGGUACCAUGCCCCAACUGGAGAGAACCUGGCCAUUCAAGGAAAAGCCGCACAGUCAUUACUGCAUGGGUCUGCCAAUGCAGAUAGAGCCAUUGAUGGGAGUCGGGCCUCCAAGUUCAAUGACGGUUCCUGCAGUCACACAGCCCAUGAAUUGAACCCCUGGUGGAGGCUGGCUCUGCCCAAAACACACAAAGUGUUUUCUGUUAAGAUAACCAACCUAUAUGAAGUCCCCCAACGACUCAAUGAAGCCGAGAUCCGCAUUGGAGAUUCUCUUGUAAACAAUGGUGCUGCCAAUCCCAGGUUUGCUGUAAUCACCAGCAUCCCGGCAGGUGAAACUGUUGAGUUCAAGGUUUCCAACGGGAUGGACGGCCGCUAUGUUUACAUAGGUGUCCCUGGAAGAAAGGAGUUCCUGACCCUCUGUGAGGUCGAGGUCUUUGGCUCUGCACUGGAUUAGCAUUCAAUGUAAUGGAUUUGCAAAGAUGCUGUAAUGUGUACACAAAGCAUCCAAAAUAAAAUUUGCAUCUUAAAUUUCA